AUAAGUACAAGAAAUUAAAAAACCCGGUUUAUCAUUUCAGAUUAAAGGUUAAUCGAGUAGUCAAAGUGAACUUCCUUUUCCGGUAUAGCUUUGGCUGAAAAACAAGAGCCAUGAAGACUCUGCUUACGACGCAGACUAUUGAUGUCCCUGAAGGCAUUGAUGUCAAGGUUCGUGCCCGCAAGGUGAUGGUCAAAGGACCUAGGGGCUCACUGUCCCGCACAUUUAAACACCUGGCUGUUGACAUCGAGAUGGACGGCAAGCGAAAGAUCAAGGUGGUCAAGUGGUUCGGUAAACGCAAGGAACUCGCCGCUGUCAACACUGUUUGCAGUCACAUCAUGAACAUGUUCAAAGGUGUAACAAAGGGAUUCCUGUACAAGAUGCGAUCUGUUUAUGCCCAUUUUCCCAUCAAUGUUCAAAUUGGCGAUGACAAAAAAACCAUGGCCAUUCGUAAUUUCCUUGGCGAAAAGUAUACCCGUCACGUCAGCAUGUUGAGCGGAGUCACCGUUGACUUGGCCCCAGGCUUGAAGGACGAGUUCUACCUGCAGGGAAAUGAUAUUGAACUUGUGUCCAGAUCAGCUGCUCUAAUUCAGCAGUCGACCACAGUGAAGAGGAAGGAUAUCCGUAAGUUCCUGGACGGUAUCUACGUCUCCGAGAAGACCACUGUGGUUGUGGAUGAAUAGACAAUUGUUUGUGCAGUAAAUUAAUAAAGAAAAAAAACUCACAA